AUGUCUUUAAAGCGUAUCAACAAAGAGUUGCUUGACUUGGGAAGCAUCUAUCAUGGGCCCCCAGACUCCCCAUAUGCUGGAGGUGUGUUCUUCCUUUCGAUUCACUUCCCCACUGACUACCCAUUCAAGCCUCCAAAGAUCAACUUCACCACUAAGAUCUACCACCCUAACAUCAACGCAACUGGUUCUAUCUGUCUAGAUAUUUUGAAGGACCAGUGGUCUCCUGCCCUUACCAUCUCUAAGGUGCUUUUGUCCAUUUGCUCCUUGUUGACUGACGCCAACCCCGAUGACCCAUUGGUCCCUGAGAUUGCUCACGUUUACAAGUCUGACAGACCUAAGUAUGAGGCCACUGCUAGAGAGUGGACCAAGAAGUAUGCUUUCGUGAUUGUCUCGCAUAUCCUUAAACAAGACAACUUCGAGCUCUGGACGCAAUUUCUUGAGGGUAACUGUGUUUUACAUGUCACAAAAGCUGAUCAGAAAGGUUCGGAUGAUGAAGAUUCGGUCGAGGACGGUACUAGGCCCAUGAUCAAUCUUGCUUUCCACAUGAGAUAUAUCCUAUGGGAGAAGGCCAUCGAUUACUUUUACGAGGACAGUCUAAAGGGAACCGACCAUUCACUCAAAAGCCAGAGAGACGAGUCUGGUACUACGUAUGACUUGAUCGACGGUCUAGAUGAGGCUCCAGUUCAGGAUGGACAGCAAAAGGAAAAUGAAUCUGCUGCCCCAAUGCCUGUGAGAGAGGAAGAAGAAGACUACGACGAUGAUGAGGAUGACGAUGAUGAAGACAAAAAUAGUGGCCAAACUAAGCAGGAUGAACAGGACAACAUUGAAAAUGGUCAGCUUCAAUACGAAGACGGACAUGUUAAGGUGGAAAUCCUGUCAAGCGAAUUUGUCACCAAGUCAACGCCACCUCCAGAGACAAAUAACACGGAUCUUGAAGAUGCUUCAACAGAGGGAACCGAGUUUCCUGCUAAUGCUCCAACAAUGAAUCUCGAAGAUCAAGAAGCACUUGUUAAAGAAUUCAACAAGGUUUAUCACAACUUCGAAUACGACAAAGAAACCCUCAUCAAGCGCAGGAAGCUUGAGAAGUCGGACAUGCAAAUUGAAUCUCAAAAGCCAGCUGGUGACGAUCCCACAAACCAGAUACCGAUCAAUUUAGGUUCUGCGUCACAUUCGCUACAACAUCUUUUGGGUGUUAUCCAGGAUCGUCGUGAUGAUGUGAGUUUGACCGACCAUGAUCUAAAAAAGUUAUUCAUGGACGUGCGUAAGAACAGGGGCAAAUGGGCUAACGAUGAACGCAUUGGACAAGAGGAGUUAUAUGAAUCUUGUGAAAAAGUUCUUCAAGACCUUCGUGGAUACACUGAACAUUCGACACCCUUCCUCAAUAAGGUUUCCAAAAGAGAAGCGCCCAACUAUGGCCUAAUUAUCAAGAAACCAAUGGAUUUGAAUACAGUUAUGAAAAAGCUCAAAAGCCUUUCCUACAAUUCAAAGCAGGAGUUUGUGGACGACUUGAUGCUUAUAUGGAACAACUGUUUGACCUACAACGCAGAUCCCAAACACUAUCUCAGGGCACAUGCAAUUGCCAUGCAGAAGAGAACUCAGAAGCAUAUUCCAACGAUACCUGACAUUACGAUAAGAAAUAGAUCAGAGGUCGAAAAAGAAGAGGAUCUCGAUUCUGAGGCAAAAGCUUCUACGCCUGCUUUAAAGGGUGGUAAGAAAGCUUCAAAGAAGGGGAGAAAAAGAAAGCGGGAAGAAAUUAUCAAAUCCGAGGAAGUUGAGGGUGUGAGUGACGCCCAGCUGUCAGACGUCCCCUCCAAUCUGGAAACCCCUGCUCCGAUAUCGCAACCAACCCCAACUGAAAAUGGGAAUAUUAUGACGGAGGAUAAUCCUGCUGAGGAAGAGGAAGAAGAAGCGGCCGAGGAAGCUGACACCGAUAUACGCGAAAAUGAAAACGAGGACGAACAAGAUCCAGAGCUCCAAUCAUGGAGGACCCUAACCGCAAAGUCACGGGCUAACUAUUGCGCUUCUCGUGCUGCCCUUUUUGAUAAUGAUGGGAAGCUCAAGCUUGAUGCCGAGGCAAUUCUUCGAGAAUCGAACAAAAUGAAGAAUUUUAAUCAAUUCCUAGACAACAAGGAAAUGGUUUCGAAGACGAAUAAGCUUCUCGAUAAUGACGAGCCUUAUCUUCUUGAAUAUGAUGUCGCUGGUGGCAUUCCAGGAAUCAAAUAUCCUGGCAUUGACGACCAAGACCAGGAUAGACUAGAAAAUGAAAUGGUUGAGCUGCUUUUACUGAAGGGCGAAGCUGAUAACCUUUCCUCGGGAUUGAUUCUUCCAUUGGAAUCGGGUCUCAACGGCCUUUACCGUGGCAAUAUCACAGAAAUUCAAGAGAUUCGAAAAAUCUGUUUCAAAAUUUCUUUGAUUCGGCAGAUGCAAACUCAGCAAUACAUGCACCGUACUCAAAUGCGUCAGCCAGAGAUAGAGUACAUUAAGGAGAUCGAUGUUGACCCAGUUUCCAAGUUGCCAAAUCACAACCUAGAUUCUCACGAUGUACAAUACGCUUCUCUUAGAAGAGGUGUUGCCAAAAUUGCAAUGCACACCGGCUUUGAGACAACUGAACCUUUGGCUGUUAACACUUUGACUCAAAUUGCUGAACGGUAUAUGCUGAAUCUAGCGAAAUCAGUCAAAAUGCAUUGUGAAUCCUCGUCGACGAACCAGUUGAGUGACAAGGCAAUUAUUCUCCUUAGUUUGCUCGAAAAUGGUGUUGAAAGACCUGAUGAUCUAUACACAUUCGUUGUUGAAAAAGCAGUGAAACAAAAAGCCAAGCUCAAGGACUUGAGACAGAAGCUUUCAGGAUUUGUGAAGGAGUUGUUAAGACCAAGUUUGCAAAAUCUUAGUGAACAGAACUUCGAGAAUAACAGUGAGCAGUUCAUGACUGGAGACUUUGCAAAUGAAAUAGGCGAUGAUUUCCUUGGUCUCAAGGAGCUUGGUUUGGAUAAGGAGUUCAACAUGUUGAGCUCCUCGAUUCCCACGUACUUGUUGCACUCUCGUUUGCAGAGCUCCCUUUCGAACACGGAUCAGGUCAACAAGAGUACUAAGUAUGAGGAUUUGAAGGACUGGGUGCAGCCAAAGUUGACUCAAGCCGACGUCCCCAACCAAGUCGGCGUUUUGCAGCCAUUCUACGAAAGCUUGGUGCAGAAAAGCGAAACGUUCCUCGUCAAGCAGCAGAAGAGAAAGGGCGAAAGCUCCGAGCUUCCACCACCCACAAAAUUAUACCUUAUCGAGGACGAGGAAUUACCACAAAAACAGAGAAAUAUUCGUCCGCGUCUUCCACCUACUGGCAAGAUAUCGUCAGUCAAGAAAAAGCUACUCUCUCAAGCUUUCUUUUUGCCAGAUGAGAGCGUUUCGAUUGAGGGCGGAAACGAUUCCUUCAAGGUCGAGAACGGUCUAGGAUUCGACGCUACUAUGAAGAGUGAGGAUUAG